AUUUGUGGGGUUAAUUGAAUACGCUCUUACGAAUUCGAGGGGGUAAAUUGAUAAACUUCCGUGUCGCUGGCCGCCCCCUCUCCGGCUGGAGUGCGACGCCAUUACCCCAGACCAGGCCGUUCUCCAGAUUCCGAUCUAACGUGUAGAAUUCGGGGGAAGCGGAUGAAGAUAGUGACGUACAACGUAAACGGGCUCAGGCAGCGUGUUGCUCAGCACGGCUCCCUCCUUCGCCUUCUCACCUCGCUCGAUGCCGACAUCAUCUGCUUCCAGGAAACGAAGUUAUCAAGACGUGAGUUAUCUGUAGAUCUAACCAUGGCAGAGGGGUAUGAAGCUUUUGUUUCUUGCACUCGUACUUCUAAAAGAGGACGUUUGGGCUAUUCUGGUGUUGCUACAUUUUGCCGGGUGAGAUCAGCAUUUUCCAGUAAGGAGGUAGCAUUACCAGUGGAAGCAGAAGAAGGGUUUACCGGUCUUCUUGAAUGUUCAAAGAAGAGGGAUAUACCCACAGAUUUAUUGCUUGAAGCACCAAUUGAGGAACAAAAACUUGAGAUCACACAGGAGGAUUUGUUAAAAGUGGAUAAUGAGGGUCGUUGUAUAAUCACUGAUCAUGGACAUUUUGUACUUUUUAAUAUAUAUGGCCCACGAGCUGAACAUGAUGAUGAGGAAAGAUGCCGCUUUAAAUUUAUUUUCUUCAAGAUCUUACAGAGAAGAUGGGAUUUUCUCCUUAAUGAGGGAAAGAGAAUAUUUGUUGUUGGAGAUCUUAAUAUUGCUCCCACUGCGAUAGAUAGAUGUGAUGCAGGUCCAGAGUUUGAAAAGAACUUGUUUCGGAAAUGGCUACGGUCUUUGCUGCGAGAGUAUGGAGGCCAAUUUUUUGAUGCUUUUAGGUCAAAAAAUCCCGGAAGAAAAGAAGCAUACACUUGCUUCUCACCACGUAUUGGAGCCGAGGAAUUCAACUAUGGCUCUAGGAUUGACCAUAUUCUUAUUGCUGGGUCGUGUUUGCAUCAGAAGCAUGAUAUUGAAGGACAUAACUUCUUAAGCUGCCAUGUUGAAGCCUGUGAUAUUAUGAGUCAGUUUAGAAGAGGAAAUUGUAGGAAUGUUCCAAGGUGGAGAGGAGGGAGAAACAUUAAAUUAGAAGGUUCAGAUCAUGUUCCUGUUCAUGUUAUAUUGAGAGAUAUACCUGAUCUUCCAUUACACAACACUCCAUCUUUGGCCGUCAGAUAUAUUCCUGAAGUCCGUGGUUGGCAACAAUCUAUAGUUUCCUUCUUGGUGAAAGGGCAAGUAACACGUCAUUGCUUGCCAAGCGACUCGUCGAAUGACAACAAUACAAGAGCAGGUCACGAAGAAUGUGUAAUAAGAAGUGAAGGCUGUAGCUUAACCACUGAGCAGGAAUUCAUUGCCACAUCUCAGGACUCUCCAGAUCCUAGCAUUUCCAAAUUGAAACUAAUACAAAAACCCUAUACAAGUCUAAACAACGAUUCUGGUCUUACUGCUUCUCAGAAGAGUAUUAUGUCAUCAGAAGUUGAAAAGAGAGAGUACGUGUCUGGUUCCACCACAAGCAUGAAGAAAAGGACAAGACAUAGUACAUGUUCUCAGCUUACUUUGAAAUCUUUUUUUAAACAACCCAAGACUGUUGGAACAUGUGAUGAUGAUUCUUUGAGGGGUGAUGCAACAUCUCAAAAUUUUUAUUCAGAGAAAGAUGCGGAGGAGGUAUCUCAGAUGAUGGAACAGGAAGUUAAUCAAGAUCUACAGAACAAUUGUGAAAUGAGUGCGACGAGUGUAAACACAUAUGAUGAUGAUUCAGAGAUAUCCUUUCCUUGUGAGAGGGAGAGCAACAGUUCUGCAGUAAUAGAGUGGCAGAAAAUUCAGCAGAAGAUGAAGAUGACUUUGCCAAUCUGCAAAGGACAUGGUGAACCUUGUGUAGCAAGAUCGGUGAAAAGGGAAGGCCCCAAUAGAGGUCGUCUCUUCUAUGUUUGUGCUCGUGCCCAGGGACCUGCUUCUAAUCCAGAAGCAAACUGUGGUUACUUCCAAUGGGGUUCUUCAAAAUCUAAGAAGGCCAAGUAAAUUGCUUCAGUUUCAUGACUACUUAUCUAAUUGAUCACUUGAUCCUUUCACUUGUUAAGCACAAAUCCAGAUAUAUAUAUACAGAUAAUUAUAUUAACCUGCUUAUCCCCAAUUGCAAAGACUAAUUGACAAAAGAUACCAAGUCAUCACAAAAGAUUAAGAGCCUCAUCUUUGUAGAGCAAAAGAUUCUUGGCUCGGUGGUUUGUCAUUGCCAGUGGCGAUUAUGCAGUCGACAAGCGAUUGAUAGACUUGGUUAUUCACAGCUGAACUGAAGAGGUAACUUGCUUUUAAUUUAAUUUGUUGGCGUCAAGGCAGCAGAAUGCAAUUACUAGCCUCUCGGACCAUCAGUUGUGCCCAUAAGAAUGCCUAUGAUGUAGCUACAGAAUGCAACUGCUUCAUGGAUGAUCCCAUGAUCCCAUUGGGGGGGGGGGGGCCUUCUUUGCAUAAUGAUAGGAUAUCUUUUAUAGCAGCAACAAAGCAAAAGAAUUUAGCUUUGGAUCAAAGGAAUGAGUGGAGAGGAUAGGAAGGAGCAAUGCAAAUAAGGAAACCGAGUUCUAAAGAUUUAGAUUUUUGAAGAGUUUGUUUUGAUCUUUUUAGAAGAGUAAACUUUAUAGAUGUUUUGUAAGUUCAUAAUUAUUUUAUUUAAGAUUUUUGUGGAAGUGGCAUCUAAUUUGAUAAGUUGAUUUUUUUUUUCUAA